AUGGAAAGUUGUGCCGAGUGCGACCGUCCUUUGGAUAAGAAACCGCGACGCGAGAAAAUAUUCUCCAAUGGGAUUUGGUUUUGCACGGCGUGCUAUAAAACGAAGCGUCGUUCGGAGAGUGUACCUGUCCCAAAAAAAACUGUGCCAAAAAUCACUCAACCAAUUAAGUGUACAGUGAAAAGUGCGCGGGAGUGUAUUUUCUUGUGCAAGGGUGUCCGCGAGCCGAAUCUAAUUCGUAUUCCAAAAUCUCUGCGAUCAGAGAUCCUCCUAGAGAAGCGAAUUAUUAUUCCUGAGGUGAGCCGGUGUUGCAAAAACCAUAUUCAGAAUGACAAAUUCACCGAAAAAAUCUUGGACUUACUCUUGAAUGGGCACUUAUUAAAGGAUGCAAAUCUAAGUGCUAUUGAGUGGGUGGCUCUAAUUGACGAUCUUCGCGAAAAAGCUAAGAUAACGGCCCAAAACGAGUGUCCCGAUGAGGAUUUUUUCGGUGAAACGGAGCGUAUUUCAACGUGGACGGGACUAGAGAGGCCUCAAUUUAAGGAGCUCGCAACGUACGUCAAAUGUGAGAAAAAAGGUGUAAAAAUUACUUUACUUCUAGGUGUAUUUUUAAUGUAUAUGUACACAUCUCUAUCAGAGAGUAAAAUUGGAGCGUUUUUAGGUCUUUCUCAAGCGACUGUCUCUCGAUACAUUAAUAUUACUCGCGAGUCUUUGUUGUGUACUUUCGUGCCUACUUUCCUAAAUGUAAGCCGCGAAAAAGUGAGAAGUGAAACUUCAAACAUAGCACGGACCUUGCACAAAUUCAGUGAAAAUGAAGAUAAGACCCUGACAGUGUGGGACGGCACAUAUAUAUACUUAGAUAAGUCAAAUAACUUUCAGUUCCAAAAAGCAACGUACAGUGGACAUAAGAAGACUAAUUAUGUUAAGCCCAUGUUAGUUGUAACUAGUAAUGGUUACAUUGUGAAUGUUCUGGGACCGGACCAGUUUUGGGCCGGCAGUGUAGGCGACGCCGAUAUUUUGGCUAGUGUCAUGAAAACUCCUUGGUUCACUGCAUUUUUUAAAGCUGGUGACAUCUUCGUCGUAGAUAGAGGGUUCGAUCGGUGCGUGGAUAAUCUUAAGACGCAAGGCUUUGAGGUCUCAAUCCCUGUGUCCCAGUCCGGACAAAAACAACUGACCGCUCUAGAGGCAAACAAAAGUCGCCUCUGUACAAAAAUUCGGUGGAUAGUGGAGUGGGUAAAUAGCUCUCUAAAACGUUUCAAGUACGCUGACGGCAAGGUCGGAAGCUACGGCAUACCUCAUCUUUUCGACAAUGUGCGGAUCCUAGCUGCAAUACAUAAUAGUUUUUUUUCCCGUCAGUACAGCGAUUCUGAUAAUGUGGAAGUCGCCACUAAAAUGCUUGCAAGAAUGGAGACGCCGAAUUUACUCCAAGCACUUGUCGAGAAGGAAAACUUGACGAGAAAAAUGAGUAUGUUUGAGCCACUGGGUCCAGACCACUACAACUUGUUGCCACCUUGGACUAUCCAAGAUCUAACUUCUUUAUCUACCUCUUUUCAAUUACGUCUGGUGAGAGGGUACAUCGCUAAUCAUUUUGCAAAGCGAAAACAUGAGUUCCAGAUCUGCCGUGAUGAAUUUAGUCCUAACUUUAGGAAGUAUGAAAUAACAGUUCGUGCUCCUAUCUUCAUACGAGCGCGACUUCUUUCCCGCCAUAUUUCAAGUAAAGUCUACUACAUUUUUAUCCUAAUUGACGUGACAAAUCCACAGCAUGUGCCCCCACAGUCAGUAAAAGAGGCGUAUUGUACGUGUAAAACUGGAUCUCGCACGGUUAGUGUAUGCGUUCAUGCGGCAUCUAUUCUGUGGUAUAUCUUUUAUGGCCGCCAUGAGGAAUGCAUUCGGACGCCUGCAGCUUACUUGGACGAGUGUUUUUUGCUGCCCUCUAAGGACGUGCAGUCAGACGUUGACGUUGACGUCGAAGAUGAAGAGGAGCAAGCGGAUUUCUGA